UUUUUUUUGAGACAGAGUCUCACUCCAGGCUGGAGUGCAGUGGUGUGAUCACAGCUCAGUGGCACGAUCACAGCUCACUGCAGCCUUGACCUCCCUGGCUCAAGUGAUCCUCCCUCCUCAGUCCCUGAGUAGCUGGGACCACAGGUGGGCGCUACCAUGCCCAGCUAUUUUUUGUACUUUUUGUAGAGAUGGAUUUUCACCAUGUUGCCCAGGCUGGUCUCAAAUUCCUGGGCUCAAGCAAUCCCCCCACCUCAGCUUCCUACAGUACUGGGAUUACAGGCGUGAGCCACCGUGCCCAGCCCCGAGUGUUCUUCUUUCCCUCUUCCACAUACACCUCCUCCAAGCCUCACCAUUAAACCUCACAGGGAAAGACAAUGUUAAAUAUCUUCACAGAGAAAUCCAGGACUGAGUAUAUAUUCUCCAUAUGCAUUUGUAAACCUCCCAUAAUGACUCACCUUGCCAUUUCCAUGUGUCUAGUCCACAGUAUCAUUUUAUCUACAUUAUCUGGCUUGCAUACUAAUCCCAACCUUGUGACAUAAGCAGGCGAGUAUGACUAUAUGCAUUUUUUUCUGAAGUAGAAUGUGACAAAGGCUAGGUAACUUGCCUAAAAUCACAUGGCUCAUUAAUGGGGGUGCUGGGACUUGAACUUGGGUCUUGUAAGACCUAGAUGGCAUUAUUCUUGUAAUAUUCAUUCUUUUAUUUAUUCAUUCAUCCAUAGACAUGUAUUGAUCACCUUUUGAUUAGCUGUCAGGCUAUAUAUGGAGCCAUCAGGAACCACUGAAGGUUUUUUUUUUUUUUUUUUUUGAGACGGAGUCUCACUCUGUCGCCCAGGCUGGAGUGCAGUGGCACGAUCUCUGCUCACUGCAAGCUCUGCCCCCCAGGUUCACGCCAUUCUCCUGCCUCAGCCUCCCGAGUAGCUGGGACUACAGGCACCCGCCACCACGCCCGGCUAAUUUUUUGUAUUUUUUAGUAGAGACGGGGUCUGACGGUGUUAGCCAGGAUGGUCUCGAUCUCCUGACCUCAUGAUCUGCCCGCCUCGGCCUCCCAAGGUGCUGGGAUUACAGGCGUGAACCGUGCCCGGCCGAACCACUGAAGGUUUUUAAGCAGGAAAGCAGAGCUGUUUUCUGGAUAAGCAAACAGAAAGUAGUGGUUUUCCAAGUACAGUCUGAGACAACCUAUAGGACCAGAAUCUCUGCAGUUGAGGCUCAGGAAUCUGGUAAUCAGCCAGGUAUAGGAACUCUUUUCUGAUUGCAAUGCAGUGAAGAGCAGAAGCACUGUAUUAGAGAAAGAGGCAGUGCAACCAGGUAACGUGACCAGGUGAGAAGUGAUGAGGUACAGAGACAAAGAGAUGCACUUUUGAGUCACUUAGAUGGCACUGAUAGGACUUCCACUACACCCUCGCAUAGACAGUGGCUGAGGUUCAGGAAAUAGAGCUGGGGUUCCUACUUGGAUCCUCUGGCUCUAGAGCUUUACUGCACAUAGCCAUUUAUACCCACAUCUUGAUUUUAAUUAUUUUAUAUCUAUGUUUCUUAGCACUUUUUGCAAAUUUCCACCUUAUCUCAAACUGCCCUCAAGCCUUGUAUUUCUCCUUCGCUUUCAUAAAACCUAGGAAAGAAAUAAGGGACAGCCAAGUAAAACUUUUAAAAGUUUUAGAACAUUUAUUUCUUUGGGGCUGGUUACACAGGCGAGAAAGGAGUAGAUUUGGUUAGGGAGAGAAAACAACAGGCCUUGGGGAGAUACACUGGCUCUCCCCCUCCCUAAACCCUAAGAGGCCUCCAGGAAACCUGAAGACAAUAAUUCCAGAAGCCCAGAGGGUGACCCCAUUUCCUCUCUCCAUGGUUAUUACUGUCAGUCUGGAGCAGUUCAGGAAUUCAGGAAACUAUAAAGAAACCACAACAGCCUCAACAACCCAAACAUCAACAUCAACAACCUCAACAAUAAAACUCCUUAAAAUUCAUCUCCUUCCACCCACUCACAACCGCAGACUCGAAGCUAGGAGGUGGAAGGGACUACAGAAGCUCUGCGUUGCCCAGGUUAGUAUUUGCUCAUCACAGGCCUGGGUUUCCCAGGAUCUCAGGGAGCCUGGAAACUGACGCCUCCAUUUCUGGGUGGGAGCACCAAAGCCUAAGGACACCUUUCCUCUCUUCUCACUGCUAAGCAGGUCAAGAUUAAAGCAAACCGAGGCAAAGGCCACGGUUGACAGUGCCAAGGGAACCCGCAAGGCCGCACGGGAUGGGGUGGACGUUUUACGGGAGAAAAGGCUGGGGAAGUGGGCGGGCGAUGGCCUACGACGGGACUUGGGGCGGGGUGUGCGAAACGCCUGGCAGGCGGGCCCUUGAGUAUGACCAAUCAGAAUGCGGACUGCGUCCCAGGGGCGGAGCAGAGGCAUAUCUUGGUCGAGAUUGGAUAGCGGCGGGGCGCAGGAAAGAGGUCGCGCGCCGCCCGGGCAGGCAGCUUUUCAAGUCCGCGUUAUAUAUCGCAGUGGCUGCGCCCGGGAUAGCUGGCUGCGCCGCCGCGCACGUGCCUAGGUCCGACGCCCUCCUCCCUUUGCCCAGGAGUUCCUUCUGUCCCGGCUCUGUUCCGUCUCGCCCCGAGGUUCACGCCAUCCUCGGAGCCCCAGCCUUUCACCCAGCGCCUCCAAGCUUUGGACCUUGACUUCUGCAAAACUAGAUGGUCACAGCCAUGAAUGUCUCACAUGAAGUAAAUCAGCUGUUCCAGCCCUAUAACUUCGAGCUGUCCAAGGACAUGAGGCCCUUUUUCGAGGAGUAUUGGGCAACCUCAUUCCCCAUAGCCCUGAUCUACCUGCUUCUCAUCCCUGUGGGGCAGAACUACAUGAAGGAACGCAAGGGCUUCAACCUGCAAGGGCCUCUCAUCCUCUGGUCCUUCUGCCUUGCAAUCUUCAGUAUCCUGGGGGCAGUGAGGAUGUGGGGCGUUAUGGGGACUGUGCUACUUACCGGGGGCCUAAAGCAAACCGUGUGCUUCACCAACUUCGUCAAUAAUUCCACAGUCAAAUUCUGGUCCUGGGUCUUUCUUCUCAGCAAGGUCAUAGAACUCGGAGACACAGCCUUCAUCAUCCUGCGUAAGCGGCCACUCAUCUUUAUUCACUGGUACCACCACAGCACAGUGCUCGUGUACACAAGCUUUGGAUACAAGAACAAAGUGCCUGCAGGAGGCUGGUUCGCCACCAUGAACUUUGGUGUUCAUGCCAUCAUGUACACCUACUACACUCUGAAGGCUGCCAACGUGAAGCCCCCCAAGAUGCUGCCCAUGCUCAUCACCAGCUUGCAGAUCUUGCAGAUGUUUGUAGGAGCCAUCGUCAGCAUCCUCACGUACAUCUGGAGGCAGGAUCAGGGAUGCCACACCACGAUGGAACACUUAUUCUGGUCCUUCAUCUUGUAUAUGACCUAUUUCAUCCUCUUUGCCCACUUCUUCCGCCAGACCUACAUCAGGCCCAAGGUCAAAGCCAAGACCAAGAGCCAGUGAAGGUUUGGAGAGAACAAUGAAGCUCCAGGCUCUCUCUUCUCCAGGGCACCAAGAGGCUGGGCUUAGUUUUGGGAGAAUGAUUAGGUUGCCUUACCUGCAUGGUUUCCCCAGAGGAUGUGUGCCCCAAGGUGGCUGGAAUUUUUGACAGACAAGAAGGGUGACCCUGGGAUGGGGGUGUGGUCUGUUACUUUAAUGUUUCUGUUUUUAAUGUGAAGGCCAAGCAGGCCCUGGGAUGGGAGUGGGGCGGAGGAGGGUCCCAAGAGCUGAUUAUUUAAUUUCUAUCCAGAAAUCUUUCUUCUUCUUGCUCUGUUUUUUUAAAUUAAAGAUUUCAACAAAA